AUGGUAGCAAGCGAGCCGGUCAUUGACCUUGAGCCAUUCGGCAGUUCAAUAGCGAUUCCGUUCCCGCGCGUGCACCGUUUCUCCGCAGCGUCGACGGGCGCUUUCCGCGGGGAAAAGCGACGCAAAAACUCGGACGGAAGCCCGCCACGCAGCGGGCCGAUGGCGGGCCGACGACGGGACGACAACGGGACGACAACGGGCCUUGAGCCG